GAGACGCAUGUGAUUCAAGUGCAGUUAGCGAGGUGUUACUAACAUUUGCAAUGUUGCUGGGAAGCAGAUCGUGAUGACUGAAAGUUUAUUUCCCUGCCUGAAGCCUCUGUCAGGUUGUUAAAAGACAAGAAGCAAUGAGAGCUGAAAACAUUGAGUCUUAUGAAAAUUGCAGAUAACUUGUUGAAUGACAAAGUAGAAGAGCGGGAGGCAAAGGAGAAUCUUUGAAGCCAGAGUGGCUUAUCUGGCAAAUGGAGCCUGCCCGAAGAAAUUUCUCUCUCAGGAUGAUCUAUGCGCUCCUGGGUGUCUGCAUCUUGCUGCUCGUUAUGGCUCUCGUCACCGCCUUUAUAUUGAUUGCAGGAAUCAAUAAGACCCCUAAUGCCAUCGCUGGAUUUCGGGAUGAGAUUUCGCAGCUGAAUAACAUUGCAGGAAACCAUGAGAAGAAACUUAGCGCCUUGGCUAAACUUCAGGACGAGAUUUCGCAGCUGAAUAAGAUUGCAGGAAACCACGAGAAGAACCUUAGUGCCUUGGCUAAACUUCAGGACGAGAUUUUACAGCUGAAUAUGAAUACAUCAACAUCAAUCGCUGGUGUGAAGAAUGAGCUUUCUCAGUGGAAGAGUAAUGUUGCAGCGAACUACAAGAUGGAGGGCGCCAUCGCCAAACUUCAAAAAUAUAUUUUGCAGCCGAGUGACAAUCUGCUACGAUGUCCCACGGAAUGGAUUCAGUUCAGGAAUACCUGUUAUCAUCUUUCUUUAAGUACAGAAACCUGGGUAGAGGCUCAGAGACAGUGUGCAUCGGUAGAUGCCCAUCUUGUUGUCAUUAACAAUGCCGAAGAACAGGAGUUUUUGGGAAGCAUCCUUCAAGAUCGUUACUGGAUUGGCCUCAGUGAUACUGAGUCUGAAGAUGAUUGGCGCUGGGUGGACGGAACCGAUUAUUCUUUGCCUUCAAUAAACUGGAACGAAGGGGAACCAAAUGAUGCAAACAACGCCGAGGACUGUGCGGAGAUACUUGGCGAUGGAAAAUUGAAUGAUUUGUCAUGUGAUAAAAGCCAACGUUGGAUCUGUGAGCGAUCUGCAUUGAUUGUUCCUGAAAUAUACUCAUUGGCACCAAGAGAACAAUGACCCAGUUUGUCAAUAUUGAAUAUGAUAUACAGAUGUUAUGUCGUAUAAGCACACAUUUUAUUCUAUCCGAAUAGUGCUAAUGUUUAAAAAGUAUUCCAGUCACUCAUUCGUGUCCUUUACUGUAGUGUCUUCAUUUCGAAAUUUCAUGUUUGUCACUUUUUUUUUACUCCAGCUGAA